UGUGGGCGGGCGUGACGUCAUCGUCGCCAUAAUGACUGGCAGCUGAGCGGCGGCCUGGAAACAACAGGUCGCGCACGCCACAGGGCCGCCGCCGGCGAGUCGCCACGGAGAGACAAACGCCGUCACGCGCUGUGUCUACUCUACUCUACUCUACUCUACUCUACUCUACUCUACUCUACUCUACUCUACUCUACUCUACUCUACUCUACUCUACUCUACUCUACUCUGUGUUGUUUGUCAGGUUGUGUUUGUGGCUUUGCGUCGCCGUCAGGUGAAAAGGGGCGCCAAGCGAGUGGACGCUGGCGGCCAGUUGUCUUCGGAAACGCGAAAGGGCGCCGCGCCGCGCCGCUUUGAGACGGACAUGUGGCAAAAAGAAAGUUUGGGCGACGACGUCACCCGUCUGGAAGUGCGCCGUUCCCAACCAAUCAGCAUCGCCACCAGGACUUCCGUCAACAGCAGGAGCGACGGGAGCCAGGGUUUCUCAUCAUCUGCGCCAUGCGUCCCGAACCCCUUCCCGGAGCUGUGCGGCCCUUCCGGCUCUCCCGUGGCCACGGUCGGCGACAAAGACCGGCGGCAGCGGCGGCGUUCCUUCCAAGCGAGCGAACGGAGCCCCCAAAGUCCGAACUGGAGCCAGCUGAGCGACGGCAACCCACUGAAGGUUUUCGGCGAGGACGAGCACGGCCGCUGGCUUCUCGUGAGCGCCGGCGCCACGGCCAUGGAUGUUUGUAUUAUGUUGGCGGGCUGCGGCGAGCGGGCGAACUUGGCCCUGACGGAGGUCCAUCCCGCACUCGGCUUCGAGAGGUGCCUGGAGGACCACGAGGCGGUGCUGGAGGUUCAGGCCGGCUGGGCUGUCAAGGCCGACGCCAGGCUCGUCUUCUGCAAGAAUUACGCCAAGUACGAGUUCUUCCGGAAGCCCGCGCUUUUCUUCCCGGACGCCAUGAUCGCGGACGGCGGCGGCAAAGCCGUGACGUCGCGACAGCCGGUGCAGGACCUGGUCCGUCAAGGCUCGUGUCCCGACAUCUGCGGCUUCCUGCACGUGAAGGUGUGCGGGCGCAAGUCGUGGAAGCGGGCUCACUUCCUGCUGCGCCGUUCGGGUCUGUACCGCUCGUCCAAGGACACGUCCAAGGAGCCGCGCCAGCUGCAUUACGUGGCCGACCUCGGCCACCUCCACGUCUACAACGUGGUCAACGCUCGCAACGUUUACGGCGCGCCGCAAGACUUUUGCUUCGCCCUAGCGCCCUCAGGUAGUCCGGUCCGCCUUCAGCACGUGAAGAUGCUGUGCGCCGACAGCGAGCAGACCAGAACCUGCUGGACCUCGGCCUUGCGCUUAUUCAAGUAUGGGAAGCAGCUGCAGUGUAACUUCCAACAGUCCAAGUGGGCCCGACAAAGUUUGGAUGGAACAAAACUGACGGAUGGCAGAGUGAGCGAGCGCGCACGCACGCAUGUGCACACACACACACACACGCGCGCGCACACACAAAUGAAGAAGACUCUGCAGGCCAAGUCGCAGGCCAGCCUGGUGGGCAGGGACUCUUCAGCAAGUUCCGCAGACCGAGUCCUCGAGACCCCGAGCGAGGCGGAUUUCGUGGAGCGGCAGGAGCAACAAGCGUUUUGGCGUGGGGAAGCCAUGCACCGCAGCCUGCCCGACCUGAACUGGGCCCCGCUCCACGCCGGCCUGCCGUGGUUCGGCGGCGCCGUGACACGGAAGGGAGCGCAGACGGUGAUGGAGAAGCAGGGCCUGGUGGACGGGACGUUCCUGAUCCGGGGCAGCCGGCAGCACGCCCGCUGCUUCGUGUUGUCGUUGUGUUUCCAGCUGAAGACUGAACACUUUCUGGUCAUCCCGGUGGUGCGAGGACGGCGGGCGGCAGUAUCUGACGAUGGACGACGGCGCGACUCUGUUCACGGACCUGACGCAGCUGGUGGAUUUCCACCAGAUCAACAAAGGCAUCCUGCCAGUCUGCCUCAAGCACCCGUGCAUACUUUGAACUGCCCCGCCCUGCCCCGCCCUGCCCCUUCCCCAAACAGAUGGCCGGACGGGAGGUUCUGUGGCGCCACCAGCCGGGUCACGUGACUGACUGAGAGCCUUCCUCCACGUCGGCAGGAAAGUAGACAAAGUGACGUCACCUCGGCGACGUGCGUCCUCUUUCCGUUUGACCACAUUUGGGAAUGCCUUUUUGGAAUUGACUUUAGUUCAAUAAAACAUUUUGCACCAAA